AAAUGAUGACAUCAGAGUGCGCUGUCGCCACCGCCACUACGGUAGCCAUGAACAGCGUAGGGGAAGCCUGCACGGACAUGAAGCGCGAGUACGACCAGUGCUUCAAUCGCUGGUUUGCCGAGAAGUUUCUCAAGGGGGACGGCUCCGGGGAUCCAUGCACCGACCUCUUCAAACGUUACCAGCAGUGUGUUCAGAAAGCAAUAAAGGAGAAAGAGAUUCCUAUUGAAGGACUGGAGUUCAUGGGCCAUGGCAAAGAAAAGCCUGAAAACUCUUCUUGACCUUGACAGUCACCUUGAAAACAGAUUCCUCAAAUCAGGAGAUUGAGGACUUUGGAUUUUGUCAACCAAGGCUGUGAAGGUAGCCAUCAGAUUUGAUGAGGAAUUUAGGAGAGAAGAGUUUUAUUUCCUCCUCCUUGACGUUUUCCUCAAGUUUUAAAAGGUGAACUCUUUGAUGAUUUCUCACUUUUUCUGGCAUCUUGCGAGAACUCAAUGUGCUAACAUGGAAUAAUUUCUUGGAACACAAUGUGCUAAUGUGGAAUAAUUUCUUGGGGUUAUGAUUGCAAUAUUUAAUUUGGGAUCAGCUUUAACUAUAUCUUAUAUGUAGAUAGUGAUGAACUAGUCAGGAUGAUCAAGGUUGCCUGACCUCUUGAUUUUUGCUGCAAAGGACAUUAUGUAUACUAUACUGGGGUCAUGGUUAAAGAAAGCAAUUGGUUGGGACCUCUUUUUUCUCUCAGGGAACUAAUGCUCUGAAAAGGGAUCUGGGCACAUUUUCAAUCAUGCUUGGGAGCACAGUUUUAUUUUUAUAUAGUAACUAACAGUUAAGCUACUGGUGGCCUGGAUUAGCAAAGAGGAAGACAGCUUUUAACAGUUCCCUGCCUUAAAGAGAGGUGUCGGAUUAAAAUGUGAAAGCUUCAAGAAUGUUGCAGUGAACACCACAGUAUACGUGAGGAAUUAAGAUGCUUGGAGUCACUGUGGAAGAAGAGCCUAAAUUGCAAAGUUUGCUGCUGCCAGCUUCAACCCACAUCAGUGAAUUAAGUCAACCUGCAUAUGUUCUAACAAUGCUAAAAUGCUACAUCUGAUGAAAUGAUUGGGGGUGUUUUUGCUUUAUUUGCUUUGUUUACCCUCUCUGCCCAGUAAUAUCUGUAAUCAUGACGAUGGAAUAAACCAGUACAGUUAAUUUCUAUCAUUAUUUGCUCCUGGAACUCAGUAUACUUUAUGAAGCAACUGUUAUCCUGUUAUCCCACAUCUCGUAAUAUGCUGAGGAGAGUUUUAUGUUUUUCAUAAUUUAAAAAUUUGUCUAAGGUAGUAUGGUAUGGCAAUUAGAAACCUCACUGAUUUCUUUUUUCUUUUGAGACAGUCUCACUGUGUCAC